AUGGAGCUACGUUUUUCUGCUUUUGUGGCCACUUUAUUGGUGUUGUUGGCUUGUCAGCUGACUCAGUCUCUGGUAGUACGAGACCUAGGAGGAACCGAGUGGAAGGCUCACAAUGCCAACAAAUCAAUCCAUGUCACUAGUCGCGUGCCGGGCUCAAUUUACACCGAUCUGCGGACGGCUGGCGUGCUGAACAAGGGCCACAUCUUCGACAACUACAAUGACCUCGAGUACCGAUGGGUGGCCUACGACAACUGGACCUUUACCCGAGAGUUCGACGCUGAUGAGGAAAUAAUGCUCAAAAAGACGAUCCGCCUGACCGCCCACGGUCUCGACACUAUCGGCACCGUCACCUUGAACGGACACCACCUGGGCGACGUGGAUAACAUGUUCGUGCGGUACGACUGGCCGGUGAAAAGUCUGCUGAAGCCAAAGGGCAACGUCCUCGAGGUGGCCUUCGAGUCGGCGACGCACUACGGCAAGCGAAAGUACGAUCAGUCGGUCAAGGAGAACUACCCCAUUCCGCCGGCCUGUCCGCCUAGCUAUCAACAUGGCGAGUGCCACAUCAACUACCUCCGAAAGAUGCAGUCAUCCUUCUCCUGGGAUUGGGGUCCCGCAUUUCCGACUCAGGGCAUCUGGCGGCCGAUCACCCUGGAGGCCUUUGACGAUCUAGUCCUGCGAACCGUCUCCGUGUCGACCAUUGCCAAGCCGGCAAACCACUGGACACUGAACACUACUGUCUGGCUGGAGGGCAUCCCCUCCAGUCACAUCAGCGGCAAGUCUGACCGCCUGACUCUGCACCUGAACGGGACGGUGAUAGCGGAGAAGAAGGACCUUGCCAUUCACUUCAACCCCCAGGGAGAGGCGCACAUUAACCUGCUGACAGAGGUGCCCACUACCAUGAACAUCAAGACCUGGUGGCCGAACGGCCUCGGCGACCAGCCGCUCUACGAGCUGAAGGCGACGGUGGUGAGCGGCGGCGGCGAAACGGUGGUCAAGUCACAGAAAAUCGGCUUCCGCACCAUUGAGCUCAGUCAGGAGGAGCUGAAGGCGGCCAAGGCGGGCCACAACAUCAUCAACGCCUACUACUUCAAGGUCAACGGAGUGCCCUUCUUCAGCAAGGGCGCCAACUGGAUCCCGGCGCACGUCCUCUACGAGGCGAUCACCGACCAGUACCUCUACGAGCUGCUGCUCGCCUCCAAGCAGGCCAACAUGAACAUGAUCAGGGUGUGGGGCGGCGGCUUCUACGAGACUGACCGCUUCUACGAGAUCGCCGACCAGCUGGGGCUGCUCAUCUUCCAGGAUAUGAUGUUUGCGUCCAGUAUGUACCCUGCGGAUGACCGCUUUCUGGCCAGCGUCACCACUGAGGUUCGGCAGCAGGUGCGUCGUCUGCAGCACCACCCCUCGGUGGCCAUCUGGGCGGGCAACAAUGAAAAUGAGAACAACAUCGCCGGCCCGUACUGGCAGGAGAUCAAGCUGCACUGGGACCGCUACAAGCAGGACUACGUCAAGCUGACCAUCAACGUCACCAUGGAGACCAUUCUCCAUGAGGACAACUCGCGGCCUUUCGUCUCUAGCUGCCCCUCAAACGGCGUCGCCGACAAGCGCAAGGGCUACAUUGCCCACCAGGACAAGCGGGCAGGUGACAUGCACUGGUACAUUGGCGGCGGGGACGCCUUCGACUGGCACCACUACCCAAGCGCCAAAUUCGUCUCCGAAUACGGCUUUCAGUCGCUCUCCUCGAUGGCCGUCCUUGAGAAGUACAUUGACCGGAACGAGCUGAAGUGGCCCUUCACCAAGGCCAUCGACCACCGCCAACACAAGUCAAGCAGUGUACCGCUAAUCAACAUGAUCAAGGAGCAGUUUCACAUGCCCAAGGCGGGACACUCUGCUCGGGAGCUGGCCGACUUUAUCUACCUCAAUCAGGUCUUUCAGGCGAUGGCCAUGAAAACGGAAAGUGAGUUCUACCGCCGAAACCGCAAGUUGGCCGACAAUGGCGAGGGCUUCACCAUGGGCGCACUUUACUGGCAGCUGAACGAGAUCUGGCCCAGCUUCAGCUGGUCCAGUCUGGAGGUGGGCGGCAAGUGGAAGCUGCUGCACUACUACGUCCGUGCCUUCUUCGACAACACCCUCGUGACGGCCUACGAGGAGGGCGAGCACCUGAAGGUGGUCCUGGUGCGCGACGACCACCACCCGGAGAAAGCGCACUUCACUGUCACCAUUGACGUCUUCCAGUGGAACUCCACGACGAACAAGCCGCUACACAGUGAGCAGGUGAACACCACCGCAGAACCUUUCUCGGUGACGGCCGUCCACGAAACGGCCACUGCCGACUUGCUGAAGAAGGCCGGCUGCCCGGAGCGCAGCCAGUGCCUGCUGACGGUGCGCGCCAGUGGCAGCAUCCAGGGCGCCCGCGUGGAGCGAACCAACUUUCACCUGCUCGGUCGCAUGAAGAACGCCGUCGGCCUGCAGAAGGCAAAGGUGGAGGUGGUGGGCGUCGGCGAGCCGGUCACCAGCUCGGACGGACAGUUCAAGAGCUACCGCGUCGACCUUAAAACGGACCACAUUGCCGCCUUUGUGGUGCUCGACCUUGCGCCCGAAGCGGCUGACACUGCUGCUGGCGUCUUCUCCGACAAUGGCUUCAUGAUGACGAGCACCGGCUCGGCGGCUGUCACUUCGGUGGACUUUGUCGCCUCGGCUUCGAACAGUGAGCAGUCAUCCUCAAGCACUACCACAAUCACCUCUCCCACAUCUUUCAGUGGCAGUGGCGGUGGUGUUGAUCAAGCAAACCAAACGUCGGUCAACAAACCAAGUUCAAAGCCAAAGAAAACGAAGAAGAAGAGUAAGCAAACUGCAAUGGUCUUGAAGUCACAACAACAACGCCAGCAACCGACUGAAGACAGUCAAGUGAGCUCUAGUGCCACGUUUUCCACUGCCUUCAAUGCUGCUGCGUCAGCAGCUCCUGCUGCUGAUGGCAAUAACAACAUCAACAAAAACCUGGCUCCUAAAGCAUCAACAGCAAAACCACCACCACUACCACGACCACCAGCUGAUAAGACAACGCCAAUUGUGGUCAACAACAACAACAACGACAGCAACAACACCGCUGAACAUAGUGAGUCCACUAAGAAUGAGUACCUUCCCUGA